AUGUAUCUAUGGCUCAACGGACGCUUACGCGAGUGCUUUGGUCGAGAAGUUAAUCUACCAUUCGGCGAACCGCGGGCGGAUCCUCGGAGCUCGUUUAUCUUUGACAAGGCCGCCGGCUUAGCCACUAUGAAGUCUGCACGCCUUGCUAUACCAUGA